AUGGCAGUAAACCUCAGUAAAAACGGCCCAGCCUUGACCACUGCGUAUAAAGAAGUUGUCGAUGAAAAGUCCAGCACAAACUGGGCUCUGUUCACAUAUGAAGGGAAUACUGAUGACAUCCGCUUGGCAGCAAAGGGAGAUGGAGGGCUGGAAGAGAUGAUUGAGGAUCUUAGUAGUGGAAAAGUGAUGUACGCUUUCUGCAGAGUUGAAGACCCAAAUUCAGGUCUGCCCAAAUAUGUCCUCGUCAACUGGACCGGCGAAGGGGUAAAAGAUGCCAGGAAAGGAAUUUGUGCAAACCAUGUCAGCACAAUGGCAAAGUUCCUUAAGGGGGCACACGUUACAAUAAAUGCCAGAGGAGAUGAAGAUGUGGAGCCGGAGGUUAUAAUGGAGAAGGUGGCGAAAGCAUCUGGGGCAAAUUAUAGCUUUCACAAAGAAACUUCCAACCGCUUCAGAGACUCUGGUCCUCAGGGUCCUGUGGGUUCAGUGUACCAAAAGACUAAUGCUGUGUCUGAAAUAAAGAAGACUAAUAAAGAUAAUUUCUGGGCACAGGCAGAGAAAGAAGAGGAAAAACGACGUCAGGAAGAGCGACGCAGGGCGAACGAAGAGCGGCAGGUGCUGGAGAACGAGAGGAAGGACCGCGAGGCCAAAGAAGCAUCUCUGCGGGAGAAGAGGGACAAGGAGAGAGGGCAACAGAUAGACCAACAAAAAAAAUACCAACAGCAACUGGAAGCAGAAAGUAAAGAGCAAGAAAAGAAGCGCUAUGAGGAGCAGCAACAAACCGAGGCAGCCCAAAGAAAGUCAGUGAGGAGAGGUGAAUCGCUGGAAAAGGCCAACGAGGCGGCUUCUUUGAUUUCUCAGCGUGCUCUAAACCCCAGAGAAAUGUUCAAACAGAGGGAGCGGGGAAUCACCCCGAGUGACUCUGAUGAUCCCGCUGCUGCCCCCGCUCCUGCCCCCGCCAGCUCACAGCCAGGGCGUCUGCACAGCCCUUUUCUGUCUAAACCAGUCUAUGAGCCUGAGCCGCCUCGCUCAUCUCCGCACCCAGCCUCUACUGUGGCAGCAAGCUCCGCCUCUCCUGUCCGGGCUACAGAGCCUGAAGUGGGGGAUGGACAGUCCAGGUAUGAGGAGGAGGAGGAGGGGGAGGAGCAGGAGCAGGAGGAGGAGCAGGAGGAGGAGCCCCAGAAUCAACUGAAAGAGGAGCCUGUUUCUGUGAACUCAUACGUCCAGGAGAAGGCCAUUGAGGAGCCAGCCAAGGAAGAGAACAACGUGACUGCGGAGGAGUCUUCAGAGCGGGGCAUCUGUGCAAAAGCCUUGUACGAUUAUCAGGCUGCCGAUGACACCGAGAUUUCGUUUGACCCUGAUGACAUCAUCACAAGCAUUGAGAUGAUCGACGAGGGUUGGUGGAGAGGCUAUGGUCCAGACGGUCACUUUGGAAUGUUCCCAGCCAAUUAUGUGGAGCUUGUCUGA